AAGAAAAAGCAAGAUAUGCGGUGGUGCGCGUGGUUUACUAUACAAGACACAGACUUGUUUGAAUCCAAACAACGAAAACCAUUGGCGCCACCCAACCCUUGUUUUCCUCUUCCAUCCAUCCAUUUUCCCUCUGAAUACUAAAUAAAAUGUCUCUCUCUUCAUACCAACCCAAAACCAGAAAGAAAAAGAAGCAAAGCAAUGGGUACGCCAACUACGAGGUUGUAUCAUCACCACCACGGACACUCCUCUGCCUCCAAAUUCAUCAUCUUCUUCUGCCUCUCUGCUUUCAUUGGCCUCGCUCUCAUCGCCAACCUCUUCCGCGCCUCCCUCUCUUCCCACUACCUCUCCAUCGCCACUAACUGGGUCGACACCAAUGCCCCCCUUGUUCUCAUCCCCAAGGACCCCGCCACACCCAAAACCAACAAAGAAAAAGAUGGGAAGGGUGUAAAAAGGAGGGGUCCCGAGAGAUUCCUUUCGUCCACAUUUGCAGAUUUGCCUGCCCCCGAAUGGCAUUGGGAGCAGAUGCCAUCGGCUCCGGUGCCUCGGCUUGAUGGGUACUCUAUACAGAUUAAGAAUAUGUUUUAUGUGUUUGGAGGAUAUGCCCAUCUUGACCAUGUGCACUCGCAUGUUGAUGUGUUCGAUUUCAGCAUCAACAAGUGGGUAGAUCAGAUUCAAAUGCCAAAGGAGAUGGCUAAUUCACAUUUGGGCAUAGCGACUGAUGGGAGGUAUAUAUACAUUGUCUCGGGACAAUAUGGUACCCAAUGCAGAGGUCCUACUGCUGCUUCCUUUUCACUAGACACUGCAACAAAGAAAUGGAAACCUUUGCCACCAUUGCCAGCUCCCAGGUAUGCUCCUGCAACUCAAUUAUGGAAAGGAAGACUUCAUGUCAUGGGAGGUAGCAAGGAGAAUCGCCAUGAACCUGGAUUAGAUCAUUGGAGUUUGGCUGUGAAGGAUGGUGAUGCAUUGGAGCAAAAAUGGCGGGAUGAAGUUCCCAUUCCACGUGGCGGACCGCAUAGGGCAUGCAUUGCAGUUGAUGAUCGACUUUUUGUUAUUGGUGGACAAGAGGGUGAUUUUAUGGCUAAACCCGGUUCACCUAUAUUCAAGUGUUCACGCAGGCUUGAGGUGGUCUAUGGAGAUGUUUAUAUGCUGGAUGCAGAAAUGAAAUGGAAAAUUUUGCCAGCUAUGCCAAAACCAAAUUCGCACAUAGAGUGUGCAUGGGUAAUUGUCAACAAUUCAAUUAUUAUCACUGGAGGUACCACAGAAAAACACCCAGUGACAAAAAGGAUGAUGCUGGUUGGGGAGGUUUUCCAGUUUCAUUUAGACACAUUGAAAUGGUCAGUGAUUGGAAAGCUUCCUUACCGUAUAAAAACCACAUUAGCUGGUUUUUGGGAUGGAUGGCUAUACUUCACAUCAGGGCAAAGGGACAGAGGGCCAGAUAACCCACAACCGAGAAAGGUCGUUGGAGAUAUGUGGAGAACGAAAUUACAAUUGUCAGUUUGAGAUAAGAAACCUGCAUAUUGUCAAAAGUGUUGUUUUUUUUUUUUUUCUUCUUCCAAUUUUUGGUUCACAUUCUUGCCUCAUGCAUACUCAAAUUAUUUUUCUUUUCCCUUUUCAAUUAAUUCAAUGCCCUAAUUGGGUAAUUGUUAUGUAAAAUUUGUUUAUUUUCAUUUUUGUGUACAUAGUUCAGAUUUGCUUCAGAUAUAUAUGGCCAUCCGGAAUUAGAUUUGUUAUUUUGGUUUCCAGUUACAUUGUAGGAUUUGUUAUCAUAAAUAACAGUUAAAUUAUAAUUUCUUCAACCCAAGUUGAAGAGAGAAAAUAUGUUUUGCUAAAA